AGGAGACUUCAUUACCCAGUUAACACAUCGCGCUGACGUAGCUACGUAGACGUUUCCAAGAUGGUGCUUGAAAGUACUAUGGUCUGUGUGGACAACAGUGAGUACAUGCGAAAUGGAGAUUUUCUGCCCACCAGGCUGCAGGCUCAGCAGGAUGCAGUUAAUAUUGUUUGUCACUCCAAGACCCGCAGCAACCCUGAAAAUAACGUGGGCCUCAUCACCAUGGCAAACAACUGUGAAGUACUGACCACCCUGACUCCAGACACAGGGAGGAUACUAUCCAAGCUACAUGCUGUGCAGCCUCGAGGAAACAUUAGUUUUUGCACCGGCAUCAGAGUAGCACAUCUGGCACUGAAGCACAGACAGGGUAAAAACCACAAGAUGCGUAUUAUUGCAUUUGUAGGCAGCCCAGUGGAGGACAACGAAAAAGAACUGGUCAAAAUGGCAAAGCGUUUGAAGAAAGAGAAAGUCAAUGUGGACAUCAUUAACUUUGGAGAGGAGGAGAUGAACACGGAGAAGCUAACAGCUUUCAUCAACACACUUAAUGGGAAAGAGGGAGCAGGCUCCCACCUGGUCACCGUACCUCCAGGGCCCAGCCUGGCAGAUGCCCUGCUUUCCUCCCCCAUCCUGGCAGGGGAAGGAGGCGCCGUGUUGGGUCUCGGUGCAAGCGACUUUGAGUUUGGGGUUGAUCCCAGUGCAGACCCGGAGCUGGCCCUGGCUCUUCGUGUCUCCAUGGAGGAACAGAGACAAAGACAAGAGGAUGAAGCUCGCAGAGCAGCUGUUGCAUCAGCGGCUGAAGCCAACAUUUCCUCCCCUGUAGCAGAUGAGUCCGAGGAUGCCCUGUUGAAGAUGUCUGUUUCACAUGCAGACUCAGCUGCACCUGCUCUGCCAGACUUCAGUCGCAUGACGGAGGAGGAACAGAUCGCCUAUGCUCUGCAGAUGUCCAUGCAGGGAGCAGGAGAAGAGUUUGUGGCUGAGGAGAUGGACACAGGUGCUGAUGUGGAUUCCAGUGAGGCGAAGGAUGAAGAGGACUAUGAUGUAAUGCAGGAUCCGGAGUUCCUGCAGAGUGUUUUAGAGAACCUCCCCGGGGUUGAUCCCAACAAUGAGGCCAUCCGGAACGCCAUGGGCUCUCUGGCUUCCCAAACAGGCUCCAAGUCUGACACCAAGAAGGAUGAGGAGAAAAAGAAAUGAGCUGUAGAAUAUAAAGGAGUUACUAUACUGUGUGACAAGACAUACGAAAGUUGCUCUGCAUGAUUUCCACUUAUAUUGCGUGUAAACCCAGCCUUUUUUUUCUUUGUAUAAAAUAUUAAGUCUUCAUCUUUUCUGUUUCUAGUUCUGAUUUUCAUCUAAUUUGUUUUUGUUUAUUUUUCCUUUUUGUAAUAAACCUCCUCACCUACAUAAACCAGUUCUUUAAUAAAUUUACAGAACAGA